AUGGCUACUCUUCAAAAGAACUACGUGAUCUAUCUCGUCUCCUACAUGCGUAUCAUAGCUACAAGUUCUCACCACGCAAUCUACGUUGAUAUCGACGAGGGUAAGAGUGGGGAGUUACUCCAUGUGACAGGUUCCAUUCAACAGGGCAUGAAUUUUGAGGCCAGAACGUCCUCGCAUCCCUUCAAGGGUACAACAUGUGAAUGGAUAAAACCAGCAGGACGAGUUCAGCAAGACAAGCUCGCCCAGCUCGAAGCAGCCUGCCGAAUGAUCCCUCCACCAGCAAAGCAGUUCCAUCUGUCGAAACCACUUGUCCCAAAAGACAAAAUCCGUCAUUGCCAACACUGGGUUGCCGAAGCCAUCGAAUUCCUGAGAGAAAAGGGCGUCCUCGAACCACUGGGGGAGGACGAAAGUGGGGAUAUCACCCAGCGCUGGUGGGGUGGAAGGUCGUAA